CUGGUAUUUGUGAUGGGGGCAUCUGAUCCAGCGCUUGAGUUAAAUAUAGCCCUGUCUAGUGUAAGGAGAAGAUUUAAUGGGAAAUGGUUGGCAUUCUUUCUUACUAAAGCUCACAGAGGGAGAGAGGCAGAGACAGAGAGACAUAAACAUACCCAACCAGUGAGGGAGCGAAAGGGGGAAAGCAAGCAAACAGACGAGGCAGGCAGGCAAGAGAAGACCGUGGACAAGAUAUCGGCGCCCUGCACAUUGGAAUUGUACAGCUUGCAGCCAACAUGGUCCUCCUCAGCCAUAUUGCUUUGGGAUUUUAUCUCCAGCUCCUUUUCUGCUUUGCUGUAUCUCAGUCCUCCUUUGUGGACAGUGUCUUCUCAAUUUCAGCAGCCUUCCCUUGCUUGAACCAGAAGAAGCAGGUUAAUAACAACAGAGUGUGCUCGUUUCUUGCCCUUCCUCCUCCUCCUCCACCACCUCCGCCAUUAUUUCCUCCACCACACUUCAGGCAGGGAUGGAAUCCUAUGUUGUCUCUGAACCUGAAAAACCUAUGUCAAGAGCUUCAGAUAAUACAGUCUCCAUGUGUAGAAUCUCUGUGCCCUCCAGGACCUCCUGGGCCACAGGGCCCGCAAGGCGUUCCUGGUGUGAAGGGACCAAAGGGGGAAAAAGGUGAGAUUGGCAGACCAGGAAGGAAGGGCAGACCAGGUCCCCCAGGUGUCCCUGGACUUCCAGGACCUAUUGGAUGGCCUGGCCCAAUAGGACCGAAGGGUGAAAAGGGAGAUUUGGGUUUGAUGGGAUUGCCAGGUACAAGAGGACCAACGGGCUUUAAGGGUUACCCUGGAAGCAGAGGAGAAAAGGGAACUCCCGGAGAGAAGGGCGACAAAGGUAGCAAAGGAGACAAGGGACACAUAGGUUUUCCUGGAAUGCUGGGGCAGAAGGGAGAAAUGGGCCCAAAGGGGGAAUCUGGUUCAUCCGGACACAGAGGCCCAACUGGAAGACCAGGGAAAAGAGGGAAACAAGGACAAAGGGGAGACAUAGGACCUCCUGGUGCCUCAGGCCCACCUGGAAGACCGGGCCCCCCUGGUCAGCCUGGUCCACCAGGCCCUUUGGCAACAGGGCAACUAACAAUGGGGACAAAAGGAGAGAGAGGACUUCCUGGACCUCCAGGAAAAUGUCUCUGCAACGCUCCGCAAAAUGGGAAUAUCCCACCCUAUGACGAGCCACUGUUUGGACAACCUUAUUCAAAGGUUCCUGCAAUUUUUGUAGUGAAUAAUCAGGAAGAACUGGACAGGUUAAACACAGAAAACGCCCUAGCAUUUCGUAGAGAUCAGAGAUCUUUGUAUUUCAAAGAUGCUUUUGGAUGGCUUCCGAUUCAGCUCACGCCUUUUUAUCCUGUGGACUACCCGCUGGAAGAUGGCAGCACCUGUGGAGACAGGGUCCUCCAAGAUGGUGAAGAAUGCGAUGAUGGCAAUAACAUAGUGACUGAUGAUUGUAUAAAAUGUCGCCAUGCUUAUUGUGGAGACGGCUACCGACAUGAAGGUGUAGAAGAGUGUGAUGGGAAAGAUUUUGGAUACUUAACUUGCAAAACGUAUCUCCCUGGGUCUUAUGGAAAAUUACGCUGCACUUCGUUUUGCAAUAUUGACUCUACAGAGUGUCGAUACUUUACAUGAAAAGUGAGCCCUGUAAUAUGUGAGUAUCCCACGUACGACAUCCAUACAUCAGGUGCUAUGUUACCAUCAACCCAAGACUGAGCAAUAGACAAGCAACCCAUCUCUAUGAUAAAAAACAACAACCAAUGUCCUGCUGCUCGUGGUGAUUGGAGAUGUGUUUUUAAAUUGGCUCACACUGGAAGAAAAUAGGACCACUGAAUCCUGUCUUAGUAGAGAAAUGUCACGCAACAUUCACAGUUAAGACUUACCUUUUCCAUGGCUGCUUACAGGAGUUCCUCUUCACAACAGGAAAACCAAAUAACCGGAAUACUGUAUUUUACUUCAAUACUGUUACUUCAUAAAAACACAAUUAUACCUCAACUUGGCACUCCUAGUCCUACAGAUAAGCUCUUCGGGUGUUUUUGUUUUUUUUUAAAAAAUAUUUUUUCCAGUAUAAACACAAAGCAUAUUCUGGUUGCAGUGUUUAUAAGGACUAUUUAUGGGGUUAUUUUCAUUACCAUGUGAACUUUGUACAUGCUUUAGCUGCAUGAAUCAAUCGUGUUCAAGUGAGAAGUCCCGGGUUUGUAUAUAUUGACUUGGGGCAAUUAGGCUGCAAUCCAAUGAGUACUUAUGUGGGGGUAAGUCCCAUUAAACUCACUGGGACUUACUUCUGAAUAGAGAUGCAUAGGAUGGCACUGUUAGUUAAGUGGAAGAGAACCAGAUCGAGGAACUGAUUAGCUUUAUUUACAUUGCAAUUCUAUGUAUGCCAACUUGGAAGUACUCCCAGGUUAAGUGGAUAUAGCCUUAGAAACAGAAAUUGUAUAACCAUGUGAGAGAUGUAAAUAGAUUGAAAUAUAUCGAGAGUGACUGAAAUGGAAGAAUUCAAAAGGGAGUCAACACUUGUAUAUAAUGAAUUCUUCAGCGUCAGAUUAUUACUUUGGGAUGCUUGACUCAUGUGGGGCAAGCUCUCGAAAACAAAGUCCUACUGCCCCUUACACCAUGUUCCUGCCAAGUUCGUAGACGUAUAACACUAUAUUCUGUGUCUAAUACGCCUGAAAUCUGCAUUCUGAAUUAUGCAACGGAAUGGAGGUUUGCACCUUGAAAAGCUUAGAAUUGCCUUAGAGACUAUUGUUGCAAAACUGCUACCAUCAACUUUCAUUUUAGUUGUUAUGCCAGGAAGUGUUUCUUGCUUUCUCAUGCACCUGAUACUCAGUUCUACUGGUUUCUACCUAGAAAUUGCUUUCCAGUCUCAGCUUUGUACAACAGUUAGGAUUAUUGGCCACGUUCAUACGUCAUCAUGGUUUAGAUGUGACCUGCAUGAGCUGAAAUGAGCCCAGGUGAUUGUUGGGUUCACACAUUCCCUCCAUUUUUCUGUCUGCAUGGUCUGAGGGAGGACUUCAGCAGUGUUUACUUUCUCUUAAUCUCAGGUUUCCAUUGCAUGUGAACUGGGGAUCGUGGUUUGCACUAUGCUUAGUUUAAACAAGCCAGUUUUAUAACCCAUGGUUUGAGUUCGGGUGGUUUUUGAAACUGCCCUGGGUUCAUAUUCCAGUUCAUAUUCCAGAACAAGCAGAGUUUAAGAGGAACUGAAAUUAAUCACUGCUGAAAUCCUCCCUUCAGGCUAAUCAAAGGUAGAGAGGGGAGGGAAAGCACACAUGCCCAAACCUUGCUCAGGAUCCUUCCAGCUUCUAUUUGUUGUGCUAAACCAUGGUUUAAUGUGAACACAGCCACUUGUGUAUAUAUUCCUAUUUGUAUAGCUGAUAGGAGUCAUCCCAUAGCGUGUUAUUCAGAUUAUAUGUUGUAUAGAUUUUGUAUGUAUAUAUGCAUAUAUAUAUAUAUAUAUAUUCCAAGUGGAUUGGUCAGAGAUGGUUAUGGUAUCUUUGAAAGCAUUUGAGAUAAUUACUGAUUUCCUUUCUAACAGAUACUAAAGAGCAAAAUUUCAUGUUGGAAGUAUACUGAGUUAGAUACAUGUGGAAGUUAUCUUAAAUUUAGAUAAACCUCUGAGUAAAUUCUUCAUACAGUGACGUGUGAAUUCAGGUUUAAGAGAAUUAAGAUAGGACAUUCUUUUCAUAUCUGUCAAUAUUCAUGUUUUCCUUUUCUUUAACGGUCUAAAAUGUUUGUUUGAAGUACAUGAACCCAUGUAUAACAACAGCUAUCGUUGUUAUGUUCUGUUACUUCCAUAGGAGUUGAAUAAGAAAGAUAUUAUACAAUUAUAAUAAAAAUUAAAGUAAAACCAA